UUGUAGGGGAGAGAGAAAGAGUUGCUGUAGCAAGGCGAUGAAGAGCAAGGGAAAGAGGAUAGCAGAAAUUUAAAGAUUGAGUACAAUCCUUUUUUUGGACUCCCUUAUUAAAUAAGAUAUCAUGUUGGUGUGUCUACAUUCUGUCAUCCUUCUCCUCCUCAUCAACUUUCUCGACCUGUCAUCAUCAUCUCAGAAUGUCACUCGACCCCGUUCCCACAUCUCUGAAAAAAUGUACGAUUACAAUGAUUACGAAGAAACUACCAUUGAGCCUCUCAGCUUGUCUACCUCUGAAGUCCCAGAACUCCAUCCAUGCUACUAUGACCUGUGUGUGGAGCAGCAGCAAACCUGCAAGGAGCUUGCAGCAGUCACACCAUGCCUCUGCCCAGGGUUGAGCCCUAAAGACAAUCCCCCGAGUCCACCGCACCUCUCGUAUCUAACUCAACAGGAUGACAAAGGGGUCGUGGUGCACUGGUGUGCUCCGACCUCCAUUGUCACCCACUACAUUGUCUUGGUGAAAGGCAAGGAUAAAGGUGGGGAGAUCGAGGUGGAGGAGAGGAAAAGGGCAACAGUAUUGCAGGAUGUGGCAGCUGGUGCGCUCGUGUGUGUAAAAGCGGUGAAUCUAGCCGGCGUCAGCACAGAGAACGGGCAAUCGUGUGCCACAUUUGAACCCCAACUUUCAGACUCUGGACUUGCGCUGAAGCUGGGCAUUAUUGGAGGUGUGGUGGGACUCAUAGUUCUUCUGAUUCUGGCUCUGCUGCUGUGGAGACACAAAACAUUGCGGAAGUCUACUGCACGAAACGAGACAGGGGGAGUUCUGUAACAGAAAGGAGCUUGUAUCUGUUUGUGUGUGGCCAUAAAUAUGCACUUCAUAUUGGUAUGAAUGAUGGGAGUAAAUGAAUGACUGUGGACUGAUAGCCACUGUGAGCAUGCUGUAUAGAGGAAGUGUAUUAAUGAGUCAAUGAAAGAGGGGUGCAGAGAAGGUGGACGAAUGACUCAGCACAUUCUUCUCAUUUGGUCGUCAGUGUCUGACAAUGUGACUACCUUUAAUCAUAGGCACCUUUUCAAGACCUUUUCCCAAAUCACCAACACAUUUUUAAACUUGUGUUUGUUUGUUUCUUCUUUCUCCAUGUUUUUUUGUUUUUGUUUUUUUGAUGCAGAAUUACAAUUUCUCAUUUAAAUUUAAGACUGGGUCAGAUCAACAGCACAUUUUAGGUAACUUUUUUAAGUGUACAUUUUUGCUAAAAUAAUCUGUGUAAAUAUUUAAUCUUACAAAAUAAUAAAAGAUUUUUUGUAUUUGGAAUUAUAGGAACUAUAAGUUGAACUUUUGCCUGUUGUGUUCAGUGUUUUGCGACACAAAUGAAUCACAGUGUGAUGCGUAUUAAUGAGUGAAAAUGUGUUUAGAGUUUUGCAAAAAGAGAGCAUGAGAUUUUGCAAAGUGUCUAACUGCCUAAACUUGUUUAAGAUUUUGCAGAAAGAGUUAUUUAUUCGACAAAUUGGUUUAGAGAAUUUAGUUCAGAGAAUGGGGUUUAGUGUCUUAGCAAUUGUGAAAAACUAAUGUAAUUUUAACCCCCACGUUUUUUUCCUUGUAUGCAAAAUAAGCUGAACUAUUCAGAGAUGUGGUUUUCCUUAAACCACACGCACCACAACAAGAACGGAACUUUCCAGUUGCAGAGAACUGAAUACGUCACACUAGACACUAUUUAUGUCUGUAUGGUAAUUCUGUCAUAAAUUAUAGUUAUUUUCCCGCUUUCUAAAAUACAGAGGAUUACAUUGACUGCAGAUAACAAGAAGCAAUAGUAUUAAAAGGGCUGACUGUAUCUGUUUAUUCUUCUAGAAUGAUGAAUAAGUAUACUCUUUAGAAAAGUAUUUUGUCUAAAGAGAAAUGUUUAUCGUUUCUAAAAAAAAAAAUUUCUGCCACUCUUGAGUUGAUGGUAAAUUUACACUCUAAAAACACAUACUUGAGUUGGUGGAUAGGUGCUGCUGUUUGAUAUAAUUUCUGCGGUAAAUGAAAAAUGUGGAAAAUCCCAGGAAUUUAUAACUUUUUUCUUGGCCCUGUGAAGAAUCUGGACUUACCAUACCACCCCCUCAUUUUAAGUAACUGAUUUUAAACAGAAGCUGUAACUGCAUGGUCAAAUGGACAGCAAAAAAUAAAAUCAUUAUGUUAAA